GACCAGGAUGUUGCUUCCGGUUUGCAAUCAUGGCUGGCUGCACCACGGGUUGCUCUCACUUGCAAUUGUUUUGUAGCUUAAUAAGGCGAUGUUGCUCUUGAAUAGACUUUGAGAUCAUCAAGAUUGCAAUCACUAGGCCAGACAGACAAAGAGCAUAACAGUUUGCAGUAAUAUUUACGUAAAUUACAUUUUUUUGCCCUAUAAUGACAAAAUGAACGACUGUUUCACAUGGACUGGACUAAAAUUCAACCUUUAAUGAAUUUGGUUCAAACUACUAAAAUAGUUACAAAACAAAACGUGUUUUCUAUAUGUGACACGUGAACACUAUUUUAAACUUAGAUAAACCGUAAAAAUUGCCAGUGAUUUUACGAGUGCCCGGAAAGCGUCCAGAUGACUCAGCGCAUGCGCAGUACCAUGUAAACACAGAUGACGAGGUUGCUGCGCUAGUUGUAGAUGUGGCUAAUUGUUACAAGUUAGCUAGCGUCAGAUCAAAACAGGCAAAUCUAAAUGAAUUGUACAUUUGCUCGUUGUUUUCAGGGUGGCACCAGUGUAGCAAUCUUUGAAGUAGCGUUUAACGACAGUUAUUUGAAAAUCAUUUGAGCGCUACAUUGUUUGCUAGCUAAAUUAUAAUCUAAGCUAGUUUGCGUUUCUCACUCUAGUCGUUAUCUCUCAUUUCUUUUUUCUGUCGUUCUGUAGAUAAGGUUGUUGUGUUCGGGAACAUCGCAAAAUGUUUCUUUAGAUGUUCAGCUCACAAUAUGUCGUAUUACAUAGUUAUCUAAGCAGCCAGGUCAUUGGUUGGAGAUAACUAGCUAAUAACUCGGAACAAAAUAGGCAUCCUAUGUCCUGCGUGGAAUAAAGAAUACGAGGGAUCAUUCUCUGAAUAUAUGUGCACCCCAUAAUCCCAUGUUGACAGAAAACAGGAAGCGAGCUCGCAGUGGGGGAGAAGUGGAGAAUGGACACCUUUUACCCCAAGCCAAACGACAGAGCAGGGGUCAGCCUGUCUCUCCAGAGCCGGGCCGAGAUGCCUGGGACUCAGAGUCUUCCAACAGUGAGACCAGCAGCAGUAUCAGCAGUCCGGAGCACUUGGUUGCUGGCUCCUCCAGUCAGUGUGCUGUGGGUCCAUGCAGUCCUUUAAGUUCAACAGAGGUCCCCACCUUGGAUGUGGGUCGCCCUUCAAACCUGGUUUCUUAUCAGCACAUUAACCGCAUCCUUAAAGAAGCGCACUUCCAGAGCCUGCAGUGUAGAGGUCUGCAUCGAGACACACACCAGACAUGUUAGCCAAAUCAAUAACAUGCUAAAAUGCUCCUCUGCCCAUUCACCAGCUGAUGAUGGAUUAAAGUGGUUUUAAAGCAUUUGAGCAAUAAUUUAUAAAUGAUAAUGGGACCGAUUUUGUGACUUAGAUGUAUUUGGACCAAGUAGUUUACACGCUGCAGAAAAAUCACUGUUUGACUUAAAUUGUAGAUUGAUCACAUGCAUCUUGGAUUUAUUAGACUAGAAGGAAGUUGUAGGCUGUGCAUUUAAUGUAUGUGAUAGCACAGGGACCACUCUCAGGGAUUUCAUGUUUAGAUUUUUCAUCUCAUUACGUUAGGGUCUUUACAGAUGUUUUGAGGAACUCUUUUUGCACUUAGAAGUUAGACAUUUACAGUUAAAUCAAAGCGUUAGCAUUAGUAAUAUAGUCCCUCAUCCACCUUCCAAAAACAAAUGUGAAAUGUCUGUUUACUUGAAACCAGAACAACUCCAUUUGAAUUCUCCAAUUGCAAAUGUUUUCACUUUAUUUUUUACCUAAGCAAACUUCUCCUCCCCUUCCCUAUAAUUUCAGCAUUUCAAAUAUUAGACAUCUGGGCCUUUGAUUAUGCACUAUGUUCUGCUAUUUAAAGGUUGUUAUAUAAGUAUAUGUGUGCACUGAACAACACAGCACUGCCUCCAAGUGGCAGUGCAAAGAUUUUCUCUUUCACUCCAUGAUCCCAGACAUUCUUUUUUGUGUCUGAAAACAUUUGAUGAUGUAUUUUUUUGUAUUAUAUUUUUUCUAUAUAGAAAUGAACAUAACAUUAAUCAGCCAUUGACUUUUUCUUGUAAAUACCGUGCCAUUUGAGAAAUAAAAACAAGCUGUUUUUAACAAAAGACUUUCUGACUGGUGAAUAGAAAUGAAGGGUAGUUUGAUUAACUGUUUUCUUGUCAAAAUACCAUCUUUGUU